UUUCUAAACCCUACCCGACUCCGCCGCCGCUCCCGCUCCGCCCCAGCGCAUCGCCCGCCGCCACAGCGUACCGCGACCUCAUCUAUCACCUUCAGCUUUCAAUCAUGGCGGACGUCGAUGUCGAACCGGAGGUUGCCGCCGGAGCUCCCAAGAAGAGGACGUUCCGCAAGUACAGCUACCGCGGCGUCGACCUAGAUGCGCUUCUCGACAUGUCCACUGACGACCUCGUCCAGCUCUUCCCCGCGCGCGCCAGGAGAAGGUUCCAGAGGGGUCUGAAGAGGAAGCCCAUGGCGCUCAUCAAGAAACUGCGCAAGGCGAAAAAGGAUGCUCCUGCUGGUGAGAAGCCUGAGCCAGUCAAGACACAUCUCCGUAACAUGAUCAUUGUCCCUGAGAUGAUUGGAAGCAUUGUUGGUGUCUACAACGGCAAGACCUUCAACCAGGUUGAGAUCAAGCCUGAGAUGAUCGGCCACUACCUUGCUGAGUUCUCCAUCUCCUACAAGCCGGUCAAGCACGGCAGGCCCGGUAUCGGUGCCACCCACUCCUCGCGGUUUAUUCCUCUGAAAUGAGCUGGUACUCGGCUCUUUAGUAUCCCAAGACAUUUUGUGUUGUUCCAUUCCAGCUCAAGAAUUCAAAGCUAAGCAUUGCACAAUUAUGCUGUUUUGUUGGAAGUAUUUGAGUUAAUCAUAUCUAAGCUGAGUUGCUACGUUCUUGUUUUUCCCCUUGAUUUUGGGUUUAUUCCUGAAAGUUUGAAGAAUAUCCUUACAAUUUUGGGGUGCCGCGUGUGGCUUGAUUGAAAUGUGACGGUGCCAAUUUAUUGGGUGGCCCCGUUAUCAUG